AUGGAAUGCUUUCAGGUGAAAAAUGAAACUCAAGAUCCAAUCCUUGCUUUGGAAUUGAAAGGAAAAAUUAAUGAUCAUUCUUGCUUUAUGACAAUUGACACGGCUAGUGACAUUACAUUAAUUAACCCUAAACUUUUGAACAACAAUCUGACUGGUCUAAAAAACUCUACCAGAAGGAUCAGUAUUAUCACUGUUUCUGGCGAACAUUUCCCUUAUCAAGCUAUCAAAGAAAUUGAAAUUUCCAUCGGAAAUUUUUCUAUUGUUCUUGACGCGGUCUUCGCAAUUAUAAAAGAAGAUUGUAUUCUUGGCUUAGAUUUUCUCUACAAAUCUGGCCUCUUACAAGACUUCCAGUCGAUUGUUAAGAGAAAAUUUGACAUUGAUAACCCUAAGAAAACGGUUUUUAUCAAACGAACGAUUUCGAAAGGAAUCUCUGGAUUUUCCCCAAAUAUUCCUGAAUUUUUGCUUCAACUAUUUGAAAAUUCAUGUGAGUUAUUAAAUCCAAAAGAACAGAGAGUAUUCAAAAGCUUUCUUCUAACUUAUCAAGAGCGCUUUUCCUCUAGUUCUACUGACUUAGGGAGAUAUCCAGGAGCUAAACACGUAAUCGACACUGGGAACUCGAAUCCAAUCAAACAAAAUCCUCGCAGAGUCCCAUUCCAUUACCGCGACAAAGUUUUUGAUCUCCUUGAGGAAAUGAAAGAACAACAGGCUCAAGAUCCAAUCCUCCGCAUGUUGAUCGAUUUAAAAAAACGGAAUCAACGUCCUGACUGA